GUCUCUAUUAGUAGUAUUAUUUUUUCUUUUCCAUUUUUUUACCAGAAACCGAGAUUCAAAGAGAAAAAAAAAAAAAAAAAAACAGAGCAAAAGAGAGCGAAAUGAAAUGAUUGAGAAGAGAUCCAAUAAUAUAAAGAAACCAUUUCGAAACGCAUCGUUUCGCAUCGGAAUCUCAUCACCAUCAUCUUCCCCGACGAUCCUCCGGUCACCGUCGCCGACUAUUCUCCGGUCGGCUUAACAGCUUCCUACCGAUUCUGAUUCCUUAGAUCUACUGGUGUUCCAGAUCUGAGAAUUUUUCGAGCCAAAACGAUGCCGUCUCACGCGGAUCUGGAUCGGCAGAUCGAGCAUCUGAUGGAGUGCAAGCCUCUUCCGGAGGCGGAUGUGAAGGCGCUUUGCGAUCAGGCGAGGGCGAUUCUGGUUGAAGAGUGGAACGUUCAACCGGUGAAGUGUCCCGUUACGGUUUGUGGUGAUAUUCACGGUCAGUUUUAUGAUCUGAUUGAGCUUUUUCGGAUAGGAGGAAACGCGCCUGAUACUAAUUAUCUCUUUAUGGGAGAUUACGUAGAUCGUGGGUACUAUUCAGUGGAGACUGUUUCACUUUUGGUGGCACUGAAAGUACGUUAUAGAGAUAGAAUUACAAUUCUCAGAGGAAACCAUGAGAGCCGUCAAAUUACUCAAGUGUAUGGCUUCUACGAUGAAUGUUUGAGAAAGUAUGGAAACGCCAAUGUCUGGAAAUUCUUUACCGACUUGUUUGAUUAUUUACCUCUGACCGCCCUCAUUGAGAGUCAGAUUUUCUGUUUGCAUGGAGGUCUCUCGCCAUCGUUGGAUACAUUGGACAAUAUCCGCGCCUUGGAUCGCAUACAGGAGGUUCCGCAUGAAGGACCGAUGUGUGAUCUCUUGUGGUCUGAUCCCGAUGAUCGUUGUGGUUGGGGAAUAUCUCCACGAGGUGCUGGAUAUACAUUUGGACAGGAUAUAGCUGCUCAGUUCAAUCAUACAAAUGGUCUCUCACUAAUAUCUAGAGCUCAUCAGCUCGUGAUGGAAGGAUACAAUUGGUGCCAGGAGAAAAAUGUGGUGACUGUUUUUAGUGCUCCAAAUUACUGCUACCGAUGUGGGAAUAUGGCUGCGAUUCUGGAAAUUGGGGAGAAUAUGGAUCAGAAUUUUCUGCAGUUUGAUCCAGCUCCGAGGCAAAUUGAGCCUGACACUACACGAAAGACACCAGAUUAUUUUUUGUAACUUCAUAUAUGUCUCUGUAUGUAGUUACUUCUUCAUGCUGUUACUGUAGAUUUGUCUUUAAGAAAAAGAGGGUUAUCAUCAACAACAUAAUUCUUUCUUUUUGGAGUUUGUCUGCUGCUGCUGCUGUCUUAUUUGGACAAGAAACCAAUAGAAUUGACACAAUUGGUAUUGUAUAUUUUUGAUAGGAGGAAGCGGCAAUAACAUGGUAUAUCUUGUGCUGUAAUUUUUUGUUUUGUUUUUAAUUAAAUCUCAAGUUAGAGAGCAGAUUUUUGAGUUGUGAUCAUUGUGUUACUGUGAAUGGUGACAAAUGCAGGUUUUAAUUUAUUUA